AUGGGCAAAAGCGUGGAGGACCAGAAGCGCAAGAAGGUGCUGAUUGUAGGUGCUGGUGCAGCGGGCAUGUCCUGCGCACACCACCUAGCCGACCACCCAGAUAAAUUCGACGUAACUCUGGUCGACGCUGUCGACUACUGCGGUGGCCAGGCCUUCAGCAUCCCCGUCGACAAGGAGAAGACCGGCGCAUCGUGGCUGAACCAAGGUGUCCAAGGCGGCUCCUACAUCUUCCACCACACCUUGACCAUGUUUGCCCGACAAGGCUACUUCGCGGAUCCAGUGAAGCUCCAGGUCUCAUUCGGCAAGGGGGAGCACUUCUGGACCAACGUCUUUCCUACGCAGAUGCUGAAGAAGCACGCAAAGGAGAUCCGGAGGUUUUACUACAUGCUGAAGAUCGUCCGAUUUUUCGAAAUCUUCUUCGCUCUUCUGCCGAUCAAGUAUCUGGUCAAGAUGUUCCGGUUUAGCGAUGAGUUUGCGAACGUGGUGGCGCUGCCGAUGGUCGCGCUGUUCCUGGGGACUGGAAACUAUGCUCCUGAAGUACCAACUAUGAUGCUGGAGAGGCUGUGCACGAGUCCGACGUACGGCAUGUGGAAUCCACCGGACAAGAACAGCAUUGCUUCUAAUCAACCGCCUAUGGUCGUCUUUCCAAACUUCAGCGAGUUUUACGAAACCUGGCGGAAGAACUUGAUCAAGCGAGGCGUCAACGUUCGUCUAUCGACGGAGGUGACUGGUGUUAUCAGGCGAGACAAGAAGGGCGUUGCUGUCAAGGUCAUCCAGCGAACUCCAGCCGCAGACUCUCACAAUCCCAACUCAGCUUGGGCUACCGAAGACGGAACGAAGACUGAUCGGGACGCCGAUGCUAAGGAGGUGGUUGAGGAGUACGAUGAGAUCGUCCUCUGUGUCCUCACAGACACUGCCAAACGCCUCCUCGCACCCUCCAUAUCCGGCAUGGAGAAGCGUGUGCUGGGCUCCGCAAAGUUCGCCAACGACAUCACCGUCACCCACCAAGACACGGACUACAUGAAACGCCACUACGAGAACUUCUGGAGCGAAGAAUACGCCGUCGACGAACUCAACGGCGUCGAUAUGUCCAAACGCAACGAAUUCGCCAAAGAUAACUUCAAAGCCAUGUACCUCAUCCGGAUGUACCCCAAGGACCUCACAAAACUCGAAAUGUGCUUCGACUGCACCAACUACCAGUCCCAAUUCCCGCCCUCCGUGCCAUUCGAAAAGCACGUCUUCCAGACCAUCUUCCUCAACAAAGAGCGCGACGGCCACCUCUGGACCAUCGACGAGAUUGACGAGAGCAAGAUCAUUCGCAAGGACUGGUGGCACCAGCUCUGCCACAGCUUCACGCACUACCUGUUCGUCGUGCCAUGGAUGUGGCUGUUACAAGGGAAGCGACACACGCGCUUCGCCGCCUCGUGGACGAUGGUGAACGCGCAUGAAGUGGCGGUGAUGUCUGGAAUUAGUGCUGCGGUGGAUCUGGGCGCGGAGUAUCCGCAUGAUUUGGAGAGGGACAAGUUUACGUUUCUGGCUUGGCGGCUGUAUUAUCUGCUUGUUUAUGGACGGUGGUAUAGGAGACGAGCGACUAAGGAGAGCAAGGAGGGAGAGGGCAAGGAUUGGGCGACGGGGAAUGAGUAUGGGAGUACUUAUGCUGGGCCGGGGGUGAACGCGGAGGAGGAGAGGAAGAUGUGGAAGCAGGAGGUGGAGGCUGGACGGAGUUUGGAGAGCUUUUGA